CUCGUCUACCACCCUCGAGCAGACCUGAGCUGCACACGAUGGAGUCUCUCUUGUCCGACACGCGCCUCCCCGAGGAGAUCCAGUCGUUCAAGGCGACCGCCGAGCUCCUCGCGACCCUCAAGCAGCGGUACCCGAACUCGUACAUCCCGCCCGUCGAGGAGCGCCACAAGCGGCCUACCCUGGUCAAUGUCCCCGUCUGCCCUCCCCCCACAACCGGCCACGACGACGACGACGACGAGCCCAUGCCCGCCGCCGACGCGACGGUCAAGCUCACCGUCAAGUCGCUCAAGCCCGCCCUGUCCUUCACCCUCGCCGCGCGGCCAACAGCCACCGUCGCCGACCUCAAGAAGCAGCUCGCUGCCGCCGAGAAGGACGCGCCCGCACCCGAGCAGCAGCGGUGGAUCCUCAAGGGCAAGGCCAUGGGCGACGGCAAGCUCCUGCGCGAGUUCGACGUCCAGGACGGCGCCGUCGUCAACCUCAUGAUCACCAAGGCGCCCGCCGCCGCCGCCGCUCCCUCCUCGUCGACCGCCUCCGCCGCAUCACCCUCCUCCCCAGGCGUCCCUGCCCUCACUCUCUCCGAGCCGUCGACCUCCUCGUCGUCGACCGCGCCGCAGGUCUCGCUCGCCAAGGACCUCGACGCCCUCCCUCUCUCGACCUCGUCGACCUCGCCUGCCCACCCCGAGCACGCCGGCCUGUCGCCCGCCUUCCUGUCGAGCGUCGCGUCGCCCGCGCUGUGGCAGUCGGUGCGCGACACGGUCGAGGGCCACUUUGAGGGCAACAAGGAGGCGCAGCGCGUGUGGGAGGCCAUGUUUGAAGGCGCGCAGGAGUGGAUCCGGCCGAACGACAAGGCCCUCAUCCGCGAGCGUGUCGGCUAUUCGGCCAUGGGCGGCGUGUGAGUGUGCGGGAGCUGUCGGGCGGGCCUGCAACGACAUGCGCAGUACUUCCUCUCUU